AUGACAAUAGUGGCUGGAGAUGGUCGACGACAGUUGAUAAUGGAGGGUUUAUUUGUUUACCUCAUAAAGCUCCUUUUGAUCAGCGACAGCGGUGUGGGUAAGAGUUGCCUACUUUUGCGUUUUUCAGAUGGCUCAUUUACUACAAGUUUUAUCACGACAAUUGGAAUUGAUUUUAAGAUAAGGACUAUAGAGUUUGAUGGGAAAAGGAUCAAGUUGCAAAUUUGGGAUACUGCUGGGCAAGAGCGAUUUCGAACAAUUACAACUGCUUACUACCGUGGAGCCAUGGGUAUUUUUCUUGUGUAUGAUGUGACCGAUGAGUCAUCUUUCAAUAAUAUUAGAAAUUGGAUUCGUAAUAUCGAACAGCAUGCUUCGGACAAUGUGCACAAGGUUCUGGUGGGUAAUAAGGCCGACAUGGAUGAAAGCAAACGGGCCGUUCCUACCUCAAAGGGCCAAGCUCUUGCCGAUGAAUACGGCAUGAAGUUCUUUGAGACUAGUGCAAAAAAUGUUGAGGAAGUUUUCUUUUCAAUAGCCAGGGACAUUAAGCAGAGACUCGCAAACACUGACGCAAAGGCCGAGCCACAGGCACUCAAAAUUAGCCAACAAGGUCAGGGAGCCGGAUCUGCGGCGGCUGCUCAGAAAUCAACUUGCUGCGGGGCUUGAACAAAGGAUGAGAUCUCAAGGGUACAUUUUGAACCGGGGAAACUAAUUGGUUACAACUAUUUUUUGUUUUUAUUCUCCUAGCUAUAAUUAGUUUACGUGAAAGGAUGAAUCGUGUCAUCAUGUUUAUCUUAAAAGGUUUCAAGUGUUAAAUAUUUAAUUCCUCAACUUGCAUUAUAAAGAUUAACAG